AUGUCGUCAGAACAAGAAAAGGCCUUAGGGCUUAAAGACCACUGGAAAGCCAUAAUUGCGAUGACCCUGGUAUCCCUAAGCUCCUUUCAGUAUGGGCUCGACUUCGGUAUCAUCGGCGGUCUUCAAGCCAUGGUCCCGUUCCUCAAGGUCUUUGGGCAAGAAGACCCGUCGACUCCACUCGGAUGGAAUAUUUCACCCGACAGACAGCAGCUUAUUGCGUCUUUGAUGGUUCUCGGCGCCUUUGUAUCAUCUUCAUCGGCUGGGUUUACUGCCAGGUAUAUCGGCCGUAAACUAUCUUUGUGGAUAGCAUGCAUUGGCGUCUUUGCAUCAACUGCCCUCAUGCAAGCUACUGCAAGCAUAGGGGGUUUGUAUGCGGGAAGAUUGAUCAUUGGACUUGCUAAUGGAUUACUGAUGACACACUCCCAGCUCUAUGGUACUGUCCCCAGCCGCUAUAGGGGGCUAGGAAUAUCGUUUUCCUCGUAUUGGAUCUCCUUUGGAUCCCUAAUUGGAACUAUCGUCGAUAACUUUGCAGCCAAGAUCGCAACCAGGAACGCUUACAUUAUCCCUUUGGGUAUCGUCCACAUUAUUCCAGGGGUAUUGUUUAUCGGGCUGUUUUUCGUUCCCGAAUCGCCGCGCUGGUUAGCCGCAAAGGGUAGAUUCGAUGAAGCGGAACGAUCGUUACGACGGUUGCGGCCUGCACAGUGGUCCGUCUUGCAGGAGAUUUCAGACAUGAAGAAGACUCUCGAAGCUGAGGCUAGACUCCAGUCAAGCACUGGAUACCUGGAUCUAGUUAGAAACCCGAUUGACCGCCGCAGGACGACCAUCGCCAUACUUGCUCUUACAAGUCAAGCAGCGUCGGGAUCGAUGUUUGUCAUAUCUUAUGGAACAUACUUCUUCGAGAUGGCUAACGUAGGGAAUGCUUUCGAGAACUCAUGCAUCCUCACCGGAGUUGGGGCUGCCGCCUUAGGAGCCACCUCUAUUCUGAUCACCAAGUUUGGACGUCGGCGAGUUAUGAUGAUUUCUGGUUUUGUUUCCUGCGGAAUUUCUCAACUUGUUAUCGCCAUAGUGUACACUGUCCAUCCCAAUACAGAAAGCUCCGGGAAAGCUCUUGUCGGUAUGAGCGUCCUCUACAUCGUCGCCUACAACGCCAUGGUGGCACCUUACGCAUGGUUAUCCGGAGGCGAGCUUUCCUCGCAACGUCUACGCUCUCACACGUUCGGUCUAGCUACUGGUGUCGGAUUCUUCUUUGCGGUAACUUUCACGGCGCCCUAUUUUAUUAACCCCGACUCCUUGAAUUGGGGGCCGAAAUACGGUUAUAUCUGGACGGGUUCGUGCGCUAUUGCCGGUACCUGGAUCUACUUCUUCUUGCCUGAAGCAAAGGAUCGUACACUAGAAGACUUAGAUGAAAUGUUCGAAGCCCAACUUCCGGCACGAAAAUUUCGUAGAUAUCGUUGCACCGGAAAGCACGCCGCCCUUGGCGAGAAGGCUCAAACGGAAUAUAUUGAGGAGAAUGUCGUUCAAGGUAAAUAG